ACUGUACAUGUUUGUUAGCGGAGUCUUUUGCUCUAAGAUAAACACUGGGUACGAAUGGCCAUUCUCAAACGUCUUUCCAUCACUUCUGGUCUUCUGGUCUGCGGCGGGUAUUUUUACUUACACCGUCAAUUGGAACAGCAGUACCCAAAUAUCCGUUCUUAUGAGCUUCCUGGACAGAGCCGUAUUGCGCCAUUGUUGAAGAAGUCAUUGCCUGCGCCUGGUGAACCCUACUUUGCAUACUGUGACACUUUCAAGCAAACAGUCGUUACAAAGUUGACGAAGGAGCAAUUAACUGAGCAUAUCUUGGAGACGCCUGCGUUGAAACAAUUGGAUUCGCAAGGCUCGUCGUUAGGAACGUUCACUGGAGAAGUGUUGCCAUCGAAGGUCAAUAGAAACUCCGAAUCAACCUUGUUGAAGUGGAGAUGGAGCAAUGAGUCCAUUGUAGGGUUCUUUGAAACAUUAGCACAGUAUGGAUAUCCCUGGAGAAUGAUGAACGGAGGUGUCCAUGAAAUACUGGUUAUUUCUACAGGCUCAGAUGGAGACUCUAACGUCUAUGACGUCUAUUUCGCAAGUGCACACGAAUACAAGUACUUGAGGGAUGGUAAGUUCAUCCCAAGAUGGACCCAAACAUUGCACAGGGACUAUGGUAGGGUUAUACUCAACCUCUCCACUAAGAAUGUUUAAUACUCCUCUAUCCUCAUAUUCAUAAAUGUCCAUAGCUUGUAAAUACAGACCGUAAUGUCCUUUGUAUGCGGAGCCAGUAGAAAACGCAAGGUAGGGGGGAAUACUGGCUUCAGUACACACAUCAUG